AUGUUCAGACGUCAAAUUGUUAGGUAAACAAGUUGUUUGACAAGAUAUGUCAAACACAAACAUCGAGAGUUAAUUAUGCUCCAAAGUGAAAGUUACAUAAACUUGAAUCGCUACUUUACAGUCGCAACUUCGUCGUAAAAAGCGCGCCCUAAAUAAAGUAGUAGUAAAGUAACACUUACUGAUCGUUAACUAUUACAGCAUAAGCGGAAAGACACUUCUAUAAAAAAUAUAUUGUUAAAGCAUUUUAAUUUUGAAUACAGUAAUGUAGAUGACAGUGACCAUACGAAAAACUUUAAUUUACAGUUAAGUAUUACCUAAAAAAUAUAGCACAAAGUAAAGUAAAUUUAGUUUAUUAAUUACCGUAUCAACUUUUACAUUAACUUUUUACAGUAAUGGCGGUGGCCGGAGUGGUGCCUUUCUGGCAUUGGAUGCCAACCUCGAGCUUCUCAAGAAAACGGGCCAAGUUGACAUCUACGAGUACGCCAAAACGAUGGUGAACUGUAGGCAACACCUGAUAGACUCAGUAGAACAAUAUAUAUUCAUAUACGACGUGCUGUGCGAGGCUUUACUGUGUAAUAUCGAGCCGAUUCCAAUAUACAAACUGAAGCAACGAUCGAGUAUGUACAGGUCAAGGAAGGACAGAGAGCUCAUGGAGCUGCAGGAUAACCAUGAGAACAAGGUGCGUUCAAUGUUUUUGGUUUACAAGUUGAACCACAUGAAAAUUACUGUAAUAUAGAAGAGUACUUGUACUGAUAAAGUAAUUCAUUUGACUAAUGUAACCAAAUGUAAUCUAAUUUUAGCUGCUGCUUAUGUUAACAUCAUCUCUUCGUAUCGGUGACUGUGCUGGUGGACAUCGUUUGGAGAAUCGUGGCAAGAACAGGGAUGUCAUGGUCGUACCACGUAUAUUUUAUAUCUUAACUCUUAUACUGUUUUAAAAAUUAAAUACAUAAAAGUUUUUUUUACUAUAAUAUGUUCUAUCAUAUACUACAUCACUUUCAAACCUUUAGCUGACCACGCAAGACCAUAUCUCCAAACGUUACAUGGUGAAAGCAAAGACUACACCUACAUCAACGCAGUAGAAGUGGACGGAUUCACGAGGAAGAGUGAAUUCAUCGUGACCGAAUGGCCGAAGCAACAGACCGUGGACAGCUUCUGGACCCUGAUCUUCGACCACAGCUGUCACACCGUGGUGAAUCUGACGAAUCAGAGCAACGACAAGGUAAAUCCACUAACUAAUCUUAACGUAGUUCAAAAGCAGAUGUAUCCGUCGUUUAUUCACAACAAGGGCAAGAAGAACUACGGACCGUUCACGGUGGAGAUCCUCAACUACCAACAGUACUCGGGUAUGACAUCGCACAUGGUGAAGAUCAUGAAAAGGGUAAGUUUGAGACGGAAGAUCGACUAGGUACAGUAUAUGGUUUUAGGUCAUAUACAGUAUGUUGUAGAAGCUUAUAUACAGUACAUUGUAGUAGGUUUAUCGUACUUUAUUGUAAAUAUAAAUAUUGUAGUACACAGGUAGAAUUCUACUCUCUGUCUUAUAAGGUAGUCUAUAGUGUUAAAUUCACUACCAUUCUGUCACAAUGAUUAUACGUUAAGUAUUACUAUGUAAAACCGGUAAUGUUAUACUAUGAAUGUCCUUUUUUCGAACUUUGACGAGCAACAGCAGCCGAAGCCGGCAACAUUGUCGCAAUAUUGUUGUCUUCGGAAGAAGCAGGUUGCCCGUCGGCCGACUUUAAAAGAGUUCCUCAAGGACGAGGUCAAGACCAACACUGGCCUGCCAGCCGGCCAGACUUUCAGGAUGGACCAGCGGUACUGGGGCAAGAUACGAUCCGCCAGUGAGACGCCCAAGGUGCACGCCAAAGAGAGUAUGCGACAGAUGAGUCAGGCCAUAAAGGAGGGCGGCCAACGGAUCGUGAGGUCAGCCAGCAAACUAGCCAAAUGGGCCCAGAAAGGACCACGCGCCUUCAGCCAGCCCAACAGCGACACCCUGGCACAGUUCGAAAAGGUCGUUACUGUAGUUCACCCACAUGCUAACUAAUUUUAUCCUGGAUUCUCUUUAUUUUUGUUUAUUUCGGUUCCUAAUACUACGUCUGGCGACGCGACAACACCUUGAUUCACAUUUUACAGUACUUCGUAAUUGAAUUUGGGGAUUCGGAAAGAGCAUUCUAUGAACUUUUGGACCAAAUUACUAUAACAUAUGAAGUGUCGCGUCGCCGGGCCUUUCUGGUUUCCAAUCUUAUCGCUUUUGUUGUUUGAGUUCCUUAGUUCGAGACUAUCUGGUGGUGUGCCACAUGUGGUCGGAGUUGUGUUGUCACACCGGCCACAGACAUUCGAGGUGAUCUGAUUCCCCUAACCCUUCCUCACGUCCCUUCCACAUGUGGCAUAGGCCUCUGAAUACUAUCGGUUAGUCUUAUCAAUACUACUAUGUAUUACUUUCAAGUCGUCUUUACAUCUUCAGGUUAUCCAUCUAUAUAAACCGCCUUUCACUAUACCUAUGUCAAGGUUUUACUAAUACUUUUAACGUAGUAGUAAGACUUUUUAUAUCAUAAUAAUUACAUUAUCCUAAGAUCAUCUACUCUUUUCCUUUCGUCUACAGAAUAUAUAAUGGGUUACUUUUCGACAACCCACUACCGUCGGCCGUUCAUACCACUGUUACCAACCACGUCUAUUCUAAUUUCAGCCCUCGGAACCGUUUAAAGCUGACCCGGAGAAACAGUCCAGGGGCGAUGUCAGCAAGCUUGUAAGUGGGCUGGUCUUCCACUAAUACCGUAAUAUCAUUGUAAUGUCUUUGACCGUCCACUUUAGAUCACCUCAGUCGUGUCGAGGAUGGCAAUGCAAUGUCCGUCCUAGUCUCGUUCUAUUGUCCUGUUGCUUUUGAGGAGGUUAAUGUUACUUUAAGUUAUUCCGGUUUUGUGUUAUUAUCUUGAGUUCACUUAUACUUUAUGUUACUUUCGUUUAAACUGAUUUACCUUUACGUAUAUGUUAUGUACCUUAUGUUAAUUUGUUCUUUUAUGUUACACGUUACCACUGUUAUGUUGACGUACGUUGCAGAGAGGCGGAGAUGAAGUCCGCAGGUUGUUGGCAUUGACCAGAAAGUACAACGACCAGCCAGAUCGAGAGACGGAGCACAUCCAGAAAUUGGUGUCGUAUUUCGUUGUUUACCGUGUUCUUCUUUCCUGUCAUUCCUUUAACCACACUAACCUGUUAACAUUGCCUAUCACUUACAACGGUGUGAUAUCCUCCAUUUACUGUGCAAUCGACCACUCUUUUCAGACCUUCAUGAUCUCCGAAAUCAUGGCAACCGGCGCAACUCAGCAACAGAUGGAAGCCGAGAUACGCAUAUGUUGUGUCAUCCAAGUGAAAAUGUGGCCUUUGGAGAACAAGGUACCACUUUCCACCAGUUCCAUGAUAGAACUCAUCAAAAUGACACGAGCGUGGAGGAAGAGGGCUCCAGACAGACCAGAGACAAAGCCUACUGUAGUCAUGUCACAGUAAGUAAAAGCUUAUUGUAUAUUAUAAAAUGAUUUAAAGAGUUCCUCUGUUGAAGAUGUUAUUUUAAAGCUAUCUAAUAUGGUUAAUAAUUUUAGUAACGGAGUCAGUAGAUGUGGCAUAUUCAUUGCCGCAAACGUAUGUGUUGACCAAAUGGAUAUGGACAACGAAGUAGAUGUAUUCCACGCAGUCAAGAUGAUUCGCAUUAACAGACCUCAACUCAUAGAUAUGAAAGUAAGUCACACCCGACCGUAAAUUUGUAUAAAGGUAACACUCUGUCUCGAGAAGACAAUACUACCCUUUACUUAUACCUACAACAUCAUUUUACAUGACAUUUCAGGAUGAAUACAAGUACCUAUACGAUCUCAUGCUGCAUUGGUACAUGACCAACGCCGAAUACCGCAUCAACGAGCCCCAAGACCAACAAGAACUUGACGAAGACGAGGAUGAAGACGACCUCGACCAGUACGCGGAUGCUGUCGAAGAUACGAACCUGAGUCCGCGACGACGCUCGACCCGAAGAUCAUCGUCACGGAGCCGACCGCGAAUCGACACCUCCCAACACAACAACGUCAACAACCGAAGAUCUCGUUCUAUGAUACGUCGAGAACCCGUGUAUCUCAACGACUAA